GAAAAUAACGGCAGUGUGCGGGCUGUGUCCUCGCGGAUUAUCGGUCAGGCUUUUUCCGCUCCAAGGAGGGCAUCGUGUUUUUGUUUAUAUCUCACUUCCGUGUCUGCUGUAUCCUCACGACAGAUUUCAGCUUUUCUUCGAACAUACAAAUAAUACAGUGUUGUCUCCAAGAUGGCCAUGGUGAAGAGUGGUUGGCUCCAUCGACAAAGUACCAUACUGCGUCGGUGGAAAAGAAACUGGUUUGACUUGUGGGCUGAUGGACGACUUGUUUUCUACAAUGAUCAACAACGGCGUGACAUGGAGGAUGAUAUUCACAUGAGGGUAGACUGCAUUAACAUCCGCAGCUCUGCUGCAUGUCAAGAGCUGAACCCACCAGAGGGGAGGAUGCGUGAUGCCUUGCUCCAGAUAGUGUGCAGAGAUGGACGGGUCAUCAGCCUGUGUGCAGACAGUGCAGAUGAUGCUCUAGCAUGGACCAUGGCCCUUCAGGAUGCCAGAAUUAAUGCAGUGGUUGCUACGCCUCAGAUCAGCUUUGCACAGGAAGUGAUGGCAUCUGCUCCUCCCCCCUACUCGGAAUAUGCUACCCCACCUCAGGCUUAUGCUCCAGGCCCGUAUGGAGACUACGCUGCGCCUCCCCCACAUGCCACCCAGAUCGUGUACUCUGCCGACGGCCAGCCUUACGCUGUGGCGUAUCCUUAUCAGUACCAAGGCGGAUACGCUGCUCCUGGAGUGAACCAUGUCAUUAUUCGGGAGCGCCAGCGCGACGAUGGAGGAGACGUAGCUUUGGGAAUGCUCGCCGGAGCGGCGACCGGUUUGGCACUGGGCUCCCUCUUCUCCGUCUUUUAGUGUCUUGGUUAAUGUACAUGUAGUAGCACAGCGCCCCCCUCUGUCUUCACAACAUUCGGCUUCUUCUUUGUGCCAUCACAUGAGUUGGAGAGAAACGUGUCUGUCGGGCUACUUCCAUCGAUGAAGCAUGAUUGUGAUGGGCGGGAAAACUGCUCCCUCUGUGUCCUGUACAUGAAGUAAAUACUGUUAGCACUUUCUCAUAUGACCUGUGCGGCACUUUCCCACUCCCUUUGUGUCGUCUGAAUAUGAAUGUUCUUAACCAAAAAAUACAAGAGUUAUUCACGUUUAAGAGUUAUUUAAAUGACAGGAAGACGCUCCUCCUCGUACGUACACUUCAGCUAACGUCUCAGUCGGGUUUGUUUCUGUUUCAUGGACCAUUUGUCCUUUUAUAUUUGCAGAACUGUAACUUUCAGGAGUUGUUGUUUGUUUUUAGUCCAGGUUUUGUGUUUAUUUGUUUACUCGACCUUAUUUGACUUUGUUUUGCAUGUUUUACUGGCCUGGUUUUAAUAUGUAGUGUUUCCUCGGGUUAUUUGUGGUGGCGACAGAGUGCAAUGCGAUGAGAGUUGUGUAAAUAGGAAUGAGGACACAGAGCAAUAAUCAUUUCACUGUAGCAUUUUCAGGUACCGAUCCGGUGGAAUCUGGUUGUGAUGGAGGUCUGAUGUUGUUUUCACCACAAAUAAUCCUGUACAUGAGGAAACGGCAUUUACAUGAUGUGCUUUCAACUGAAAAGGGACGUCACUCCUCUCGACUGACACAUAUAUUUGCAUGUGUUGUUUAUGGUCCAUUUUUCAUUGGCAGCUGUUGAAUCACACUUUUCAUUUCAUUUGCAGUGUGUUUGAAUCGGUGUUUUGGUUUUUUAUUUCGGUAUGAACAAAGUUAUGAUCAGGUUAAUCUCCUGAGGUCCAGCUGUCAUCGGAUAAUCCAUAAUUCAUUUGUAAUUUAAAAACAAAACCUGUAAAUCUCUUUAUUUCAAAACCAAAAGCACUAACACUUCACUUCCUCUUCCUGUCUGUCUUUUGCAAAAUGAGAAAUUCGGUUUUUGGUUUAAAACCAAAUUCCUUUCAUAAUGAUAAAAGGAAUUGCCUCAAACCUUUUUCUGUUUUGGUUUUAAAACAAUCAACAGGUUUACAUUUUUUUUUUCCUUUUUAAAUUGCAAAUGAAUUAUGGAUUAUCCGACAACACACAGACCUCCUGAGAUUUAGCCAUGACUGAACUUUCACUCUCGAUGAUUUGAUAUUCUAUCUCCAUGACUCACGUUAAUCAUGAGUUUAUUUAAUCACUUUAAAAUAGCAACUUCUGCUAAAUGGAAAACAUGUUGGUCUGUUUUAAGAUACUGCACCUCUUGGUUGACAGCGCUAACUGAAGGGAAGUAUGAGACUCUUCAGACUCAAAAUUAUUUCAGUUUUGCAAAUGAUCAUCUUGUGCAAGCAGCUUAGCUCUGAUGUCAUUUUUCUACAGGUCGUAAAUCGAUGUGAAAUUAGUUUUAUUUCUCUUAUCAAAUGUACUAAUUAAACCAGAGACCAUCACGUGAUGGGAUCAACCAGCCGCGACGCCCAGCAACAUGUUGACGUCCUGACACAUUACUACAUUAUCGGUCAGACUCACAGUCCGACCACACACAUCUUCAAACUCGGCAUUUCAUCUCGAUCUCAACUACACACCUGUAAAGUUUUCUGCCUCUGUCUAGCUCAGCUGUGAUGCUGAUGUGGCAACAACAUCUGUCCACAGACAUAAACACCUGCCAAAGGACUAAACCUGCCUCCUCAGUGGGUCGUUACAGUAACACACACACACACACACACACACACACGCGGUGAAAACAAUACUCCUGCUGUUGCGGCUGGUAAUUAUGAUUUACCUGCAUUUAAAAUAAAAAUGUAUGACACUUAACUAAGAGAUGUAUUUUAACUAUUAAAUACUGUAUAUUCACAAAGGUAA